AAGAAGGCUUCUUUUGUGAAGAUGGUUUUUGCGAGAGAUGUGGCAAGAGCCAUCGUGGUCUUGUAUGUAAUUGGCUUCAUUACAAAUGCUGAUGGAAAAUCAAUUAAGAAGAGACUCGUGGCUGAAAUAGAACUGAUGCAUAAUUAUUCUGAGUUCUUGAAAAAUGCAACCAGGGUGGCAUGGCUAAAAAAGUACCUCGAGGGCAUACUGGAUCCCAGAGCCCCUGCGGCCCCUGCAGAGACCCAGCCCCGAAAGAGGGCAGACACCAGUCUGGUUGCAAACCAGGAUUACCAAUUAACUCCAGGAAAGAAGACACUUGGGAAGACUGACAAGGCUGACACAGACAUAUUGUCCAAAGUCAAUCCCCACCUGGAAUAG